AUGGAUAGACUCGGACCUUUUCCUCAAUCCCUGGAGCCAUUUCUCGAGCCGGCCUUGUUAUGCCAGACCUGCUUCAUCUUGGCCGCGAGCAGCGUGCUCGCCAUUGCAGCUGCACCGCAAUCGGCGCGUACUCUUCUCACGCAAUAUGGUGCUCGCAGCAAUGCCUCACCAGUAGAGGGAAGCCAAGAAAGGGCCAAGAAGCCCCAGAAUCGCUUUCUCGAAUUCAUGGGCUGGGUCACCUCAUUGGGGCAGGUUCCGCACUCAUGGUUCAUCCACUUUUACGUCCUGUCCGUCUCGAGUUCAGUAUUUUGGGCCGCCCAAUAUCUCUGUGGAGGCGUCAUCUUGACGACGAUCUGCAGAUAUCAAGCAGCACGGAGCCCCGGGCCUACAAUGAGUAUGGAACAAGUUCAACUGGCCUGGCUGCUUAUGGCCAUGCAAGGCACCCGCCGACUGUAUGAAUGCUUCUACGUGCUUCGGACCUCGUCCUCCUCCAAGAUGUGGUGCAUCCACUGGUUGCUCGGAUGUGCAUAUUACCUGGGCAUUGGUAUCGCAAUCUGGAUCGAAGGUUCCCAUGCUAUUCUGCAGUCGGACCCGUCAUCACUCAGCUUGCACCGGCCCUCUGUCCGCCAAGUCGGGGGCGUAGCGCUCUUCCUCAUUGCGUGGUUCGUGCAAUACCGGUGUCAUGAGCACCUCGCGGGCUUGAAGAAGUACACUCUUCCUCAGCAAGGACUCUUUCGGUAUCUGAUUUGCCCACAUUAUACAUGUGAAUGCCUAUUGUAUCUCUCGCUUGCCAUUGUUGCUGCACCGGAAGGCGACUGGUGCAACAGGACACUAUUAUGCGGCGUAAUCUUUGUCGCAGUCAACCUUGGUACUACCGCCAGUGGCACCAGGCAAUGGUAUUCCGAAAAGUUUGGCAGCGAGGAGAUCAAGGACAAGUGGAGCAUGAUCCCGCUCAUAUUCUGA